UCAUGGGAGUUGGAAAUCUUAUCUCGAUUCCCGUGGCGCACGCCGUCGGACGACGGCCCGUAUAUCUACUCUCGACAAUCUUGCUCGCUUUCGGGUGUCUGUGGUGCGCAAAGAGCAAGAGUCUUAACUCGCACAUCGGAGGUCGCGACAUCAUGUCCGUUGCUGCCGGUACUGCGGAGGCGUUGUGUCCAAUCAUCGUCCAAGAGGUCUUCUAUCUACAUCAACGCGGCCAAGUCAUAGCUUGCUUUUGCGCUCUACAGACAGUGGGAACUGCAGCCUUGAUCGUUGCUAGCCCAUAUAUAGCGUCUAACCCGCAUCUCGGAUGGCGCUGGUGGUAUGGGAUUUUCGGCUCCGUUAGUGGCGCCAUCGCUGUGCUUAGCACCGUCUUUGUCAAAGAGACCAAGUACGACCGUUCAGCCUCUGCUCUGACGGGUGCCGGCCUGCCUUCGGAAGAUGGUACCCUCGUCCCCGUGACGACGCAUACGAAACGUGUAAUGGAUAAUGUCAAUUACCGUCCGCGAAGCUUUCUGCGUGACAUGCGGCCGUGGGCCGGAUAUUCGGACUUCUGGCUCACUAUGGAUUGCUUUAAGCAGAUGUCCCAAGUCUUUUUCUUCCCUAACAUUUUCUGGUUGAUUCUCGUCAACUCGGCCGCACUUGGCAUUUAUGUUCUCAUGUCGGCUUUAUUUGCUGGCAUACUUGUCCAGCCACCAUACUUGUGGAGCUUUGAUGCUCUUGGAUAUGUUUUCGCUGGUCAGGUUGCGACAGCGGUUGCUGUGCCAAUUGUCUGCGGCUGGCUCAGCGAUUUGACGGUGAAGUUACUAAGCAAACGUAAUAGAGGAAUCAGUGAGCCCGAGUAUCGGUUACUUGCGUUGAUUAUCCCGACGGUAUCUAUCCUCAUAUCCACUGUCAUCUAUGGCAGAACCGCUCAAGACCCGGAUAAUUGGACAUGGGCUGGAAUUGCCGUGACUUUGAACUUUGAAUACUUUGGAUUUGUUGGCGUCGUGGUUUCGUCCUUCGUUUACUGCAUGGACGCAUAUCCUCAACGUGUCGACGCAGCCCUCGUUCUCAUUUGCUCCUGUCGAGGAUUUAUCGGCUUUGGGAUCUCGUACGGAACCAUUUCUUUCGUUCAAAAAGAGGGUUAUGCAGGUGCCUUUAACAUUUGUGCUGGAAUCAUUGGAGCCUUGAUGUGUUUGGGCAUCCCUAUCUAUCUAUUCGGGAAGCAAAUUCGGAGGAGGACACAAAAUUUCGCAAUCGAUUAGAUGCAACUAUCGGUUUAUGACCAACCAAAAUGUAGGCUUUAUUGGCAACUUGAAACUCAGUGCUGAAGCGGAUGACGGUUGCACCUGUAGUGGGAUAGCUUUAUGGACCGCGUGCUUCUCAGUCGCGAAAGCAUGAGAUCUCGAUGUAUGAUCACGUUCAAAUCAAGUGAAUAGUCUGGCCUGUUAUUAAUAUGCGG